UGUCCUUGGGAGGAAAAGCAAAAUGUCCUUGAGCGCGCGAGCAGGAGGGGGCGGCGGGCCUGGCCUCCCUGGCCGGCUCUCCCCACACAGCCCCUCCGUGGUCGCGGGCCGACCUUCUCGGGCGGGAUGCGCCUCGGCGCCGUGGGCCCGGGUGGCGGGGCUCCGGGGCGGGGGGCACGCGGGGCCCUGCCGCAGACCCCGCGGCCGGCAGGAGGGCGGGGGGCGGCCUCGCUGCGCGGACUGGGACCCGCCAGGAAAGGGGCGGCGGCGGGUGACCGCCGGCGGGAGCCCGAAGGGGACCGCGCGAGGAGAGCCCCUUUCUGUCUUGGUGACUUACAAGAUUAAAACUAAUUUGGUUGCUGAUGGCUCUAAAAUGCAAUUAUUUGAGGUAUUCCAUUUUGAAGACUGAGACAUGGCAGUUGUGACCUCGAAGAUAAAGGAAAUCUUUAGGAAUGUGUGUAUUUUGUAAAGCAAGAUGGCAAAGUAGCGUUUCAGACUUUGUCAAUUUUGGGGAAGGCGUUGUUACGCUAAAUCACAUUGGUGUGAAUAAUUUUCAUGGUGUUGAGAAAUGAAAUUCACUUUCUGUAUUUGGUGGUGUGGAAACCCAGAGACACAUACUCUUGUAUAGGUAGGUAACUUAUUUGUAUAAGCACGUUAUCAGAACAGUGUGAAGGAUUUCCUUUAGAUGUUUGUUAUACUGUGAUUGCUUAAGUCAAUUCUGCUCCUUUCUUAGAGUUUAAAUCAGUUUAUUUUACUUGACUGAUUUAAGAUUUGUCUUUAUUCAUGGAAUUCUCUCUUAAAAGGUGAUAUUAAAUUUGGAAGAUCUUUUCUAUGUUUCUUGACUAUGAUUUGCCAAAAAUGUCUGAAGGGAUUUAGAUUUUUAUAAUAAGAUAAACAUUGAGGUGCUGUAUAAUUUGAAAACUAGUCCUACAAAAUCAUUUGGCUAACUAGUUGUAACUUAAAUCCUAAACUUAGACUUUGCUGUUUUGCCUUAUAAAAACCUUAAGUUGCGGGGAGGUACCUGUGGCUCAAAGGAGCAGGGUGGAGGUGGCGGGUUCAAACCUGGCCCUGACCAAAAAAAUAAAUUAAACAAACAAAAAAAACCAAAACCUUAAGUUGCUACAUUUUCACAUUGAACUUUCAAACAACUUAUUAUUAUUUUAAAUUUGAGACAGUGUCUUACUCUGUCACCCUGGGUGGAGUGCUAUGGCAUCAUAGCUCACAGCAACCUCAGCCUCCUAAAUAGCUGGGGACUACAGGCACCCGCCAUAGCACCUGGCUAAGUUUUCUAUUUUUAGUAGAGACAGGGUAGGGUCUCCAUCUUGCUUAGGCAGGUCUUGAACCCCUGAGCUCAAGUGAUCCACUUGCCUUGGUUUCCCAGAGUGCUAGGAUUACAGGUGUGAGCCACCUCACCCAGCCCCAAGCAACUUUUUAAAGUGAUCAUUAUAUAUUUGGGAACAGGAGUGACUGGAAAAAAAAAAGUGCUUGUAUUCAGAAGAUACUUGAGGUAUGGAAAGCAUACCUCAUUUUAUGUUUAGUUUUGAGGUAUUUAAGUCUAGUGAAAUGGAUACAAUUAUUUUUAUCAAGUACUUCAGAAAGGAUUGAUGCCUAAUGUUUUCUUCCUAACAUCAAGAAUAGUGUUGAUCAAAGUAUGUAAUAGUGUAAAAUAAUAUGGUAAUAUUAAAGUGAUAAAAAUGGCCUUAUAGGUGAGUAAUGGAAGCUUUCCUUUAGAAGGGUUGAAAUUAGAUGAAAGACCAGAGAUGAAACUAUUCUGUACUGUUAAGGGAUGAUGUUGGUUCUAUUAACCAGCCAGUUUCUAACUCUGGCUUCCCAUCACAUCCUCUAAGGGAGCCCCAAAUAUCUAUCCUUUUGGAGUUCUUAGGGGUUGAAAGUUAAGCUUGUGAUCUUAUGGUAACAUUCUGUAGGUGAGCCUCUUUUACAGCCAAAUUGAAGGUACUCUAGAGCUUUUAUGUCUUAUGCUUAGAGUCUGUAGCCUUAAGACUAUAUUACUCAUAAAUACAUGUAUCUCUUGGUCUAGUAGUAAUCUUUGCAAGUUGAUGAAAUUUGGGUAAGUCAUAUUGUCUAAUAGUCUAUUUUUGUUUUCUAUAUAUAAAAUUUUAUUUUUGUCCUCUGCAGAAACGUGAAUCCCCAGACUGAAUCCUUUAAAGGACCUGUACUACAUAAUAGACAUUGGUGGAAGGAUUUAUACCCACUCAGCUUGAAGAGUCUCAAAUGGACCCUACCACUGAGAAAUCAAGAUGGCAGUCCACUAUGGGGAAUUGAGGAAAUGGAUUAAUACAAGAGUCCUGUGAUAAUAUUCAACCCAAGACAGGGUUCUUUUAAUGGAUUCCAUGAAAUGAAUGAAGAUAUAGGUUUCUUAUUCAACACAAAUGGACAGUGGAUUUGACCUUGUAAAGACUUUUUUUGUAUCGUUAAAACAAGCACAUUUUUGACAUUUGGAGAAGAAAGAUGGCACAUUAACACAGACAAUAGUUUAUAUGCCUGGAAUUUUUUGCAGUGAAUUUGUAUGAGUACAACCUUGUGGAAUGUUAACUUCAAUAAAAUUUAUAACACUUUAAAGUUUGGGCUUUUUUUUUUUUAAAAGAGAACUUUCAUUAAAUGUUCAGUUAUUGCUUUAAUAACACUAUGACCUUUACAGUUGCCCAUUGGAAAGUGUACUGAAUAAAGCUGGUAAAAUGUAAAUGGUGUACUAAAAGAUAUUUUUCCUGGUUGACUAUGAUUUAUAUUUUUCUUUGUGUGGAAAUUUGUGCUUUGAGAUGGUCAUUUGGUUGAAAUGUUACUUUGUUUGUGCUUGAAACACUUUGCAAAACAGCAUAAUCAGUCGGUAAUAAUAGAAUCUUUGUGAUGAGAUUUUAAUGAACUUUUAGAACAAAAAUGCUUGUUGCCCCCAAAUUCAAGAUAAGUGAUGCAGUAUAUUUGUCUGAAUCACUUGUGUUGAUAGAAAUGGUCCCUUUUACUUCGUACUUUUUGUUAUAAAUAAAACAUCUUGCAGCAGACAUUUCAUUUGAAUAUGUAAAUAAACUGAUGUCCCCUGUUAACAUUAGAAGUGUUGGGGUUAUAGGAAAGUAUUCUUGGGGUAUUCACAAAAGGACCUAAGAUUUUGUUGGCAAUAAUGUCUAUAACAUUUUGUGUAAAUUUGAAAUAGAAUUAAUAUUUUGUAUUUUCCUUAUUCUGUACAAUUGGGAAUUUAGAAUAAAUAAGUUGUUUCAUGCCAUAGAUUGUUGCAUUUACAGGUUUUCGUUUAUUGGUAAUACCAGUUUCAAUUAACUAUUACAAAGGGUGGUAGGCGUUAUUUUUUGAUAGACCAAAUGAAUUACUGAUUGUAUGUUCCUGUUAUACAGAGAACUAGGACUAGUUUAGGUUAAUUUUUUUUGUUAGAAAUAGUUAAUAUAAUCACACUGAUUAAUGUCAAAUACUAUGGCAUACAUCCAUGAUCGCAUACCAUGAUCCAUAGUAUUUGUUCUCAUUGACUGAUGUGGUUGGUCUUUGUAUAAACCCAAAGUUGGAUUUUGAUUUUGGUACAAAAGUUAUCUUCAGAAAGUAUGGAAUUGAAACAGUUUUGAUUAAUGGUUUUAUAUGUACCUAUAUUGGACAUAGUUUUUGUUGGGUAUAAAUCUAAAAUGGCUUUCCUCAAGGAAGUUGAGAUAGUUCUGGCAGAUUAUGUUGAGUAAGGAAAGUUGAUCCGUUUUUUUUUGGCAGGUGAAUGAGUUUACUUGUUUAUAAGGGGUGCUUGGUGAAGAUGCUGAAUAAUUGCUUUUGGAGUUAGUAAUUUUGUUUCUAUGGAUUUCAUGGUUUUGAUAUUGAGAAUUUACCCUGUGACAUUACUUUGGUAGUUUGCCUCAGAUGUGACCUAUUACCAUGUGUUAAAAUGGGUGUAUAUUUAGCAUUUGAUUUGAAAUAUAAGGAAUGUGUUGGUAUGUUGGGGUUGACCAAUUGGUUUUGGUGGUGGAGUUUCUUGGGUUUUUGAUUGGAAAGUGCCUGUGGUUGGUCCAUACCCUUGAUUUUGUUUUGCAUGAAUCAGUGUGGAGAUUAAAUAUAUUGUGGUUGUGAGUUUUUUCAGGGAGAAAUUUUAAGGUUAUGUAAUGGGUUAAAGAAUUUUGUGGAAGUAUAAAGAAAAUUUGAAAUUCUUGAGUAAAAAUUGAUUUCAUUAACUUUUGCUCUAAUGGAACUGAACACUAGGGAGGCGCUCUUGAGUUGUAAAAUUUACCCCUUUCUUCCAGUUGGGGUGAGAAAUUUCCCCUUAAACCUUAUGUUUAGGUGAUUUUUAGGCAUCAUAAAUAAGGCAAAACUUGGAUUUAAUUUAUGAUAUUAAGGUUUUGCUUUUACUUAGAAAUCAUUUUACCCAUGAGGGGGUUAAUUUUUAAAAAGAUUAGUACUUAGCUGAGCUUUAAAUUCUCUAAGAAUUAUCCCUUUUUCAAAAUGGCUUGAUAAAACACUACUUCCUGUCCAGGGAGGAAGUUAUUUUAGCUCAAGGACUGAAAUAUUUAGCAGAUCUUUAGACAAAAGGAACAAAUUACAUUUCUGUCUGGCUUAAAAAGGGUGUUUGAGCCAGAGGGGGUUAAGAAGCCCUCCCCCUCCCCCUGUUGGGGUGGUCUUGAGGGGCAGGGAGGUGUGGGGGUGGGGGUCCUCAGCUCCCUGGGAUGGAGGAUUUUUUUUUUUUUUUUUUUGGUGGAGAUGAAGGGGUGGGUCUAUGGUACAUCACCUGAGUUGUGGGGUAAAUGUAGAGAGUGUCAAUCAAAGGCAGAGCUCUCAGAGCUGGGAAGGAGGCUCUAGAUGGCGGCUGUGCCUUAGAGCGCGCUCUGCUCCCUGCCUUUGCCUCACUUUACGCAACUUUCCCUAACUUUCUGGCAGCCUCAGGGGGCCCCCACAGCCCCCUGCCUCUCCUAGUGACUUACUGGGGUCGAUUCGAACCUUUUUUAGGGAGAAAAGCAGCUUUUAGGAGCUUUCUUUUCGUGCCUUGUUGGAAAGAAGCAGCCGUACUGAGAGCCCAGGUCGUUGUUUUUUCCAGCUUAGAAGCCAUGGCGCACCUCCAUUUUUGUGCGCUCUCCUAAUGAGGUUUUUUUUCUUUCUGACCCGUUUUGGUAUUAAUUAUUGCUUUAUUUUUUUGACGAGUUAACAUAUUUGAGGAUUAUUUUAUUUAUUUUUUGUUUUUUUAACGGAGGAUUUUGUCUUUAUUUUUGAUUAUUUGGGAUCUGAUAUUUUUCUACUACUAGAUGGGACUCCUGCUUUGGGCAUACUACAUGGAUCAGUAAAUACCUGGGCACAGGACUUCAAAGCAAUCACAGAUUCCCCCUCCCCCUUAAUAUUUAAGAAUUAAAAGAUGAUGAGAAAUAAGGACAAAAGCCAAGAGGAGGACAGUUCGCUACACAGCAAUGCAUCGAGUCAUUCAGCCUCUGAAGAAGCUUCAGGUUCAGACUCAGGCAGUCCGUCGGAAAGUGAGCAGGGCAGUGAUCCAGGAAGUGGACAUGGCAGCGAAUCGAAUAGCAGUACUGAAUCUUCUGAGAGUCAGUCGGAAUCUGAGAGUGAAUCAGCAGGUUCCAAAUCUCAGCCAGUCCUUCCUGAAGCCAAAGAGAAGCCAGCUUCUAAGAAGGAACGGAUAGCUGAUGUGAAGAAGAUGUGGGAAGAAUAUCCUGAUGUUUAUGGGGUCAGGCGGUCAAACCGAAGCAGACAAGAACCAUCACGAUUUAAUAUUAAGGAAGAGGCAAGUAGCGGGUCUGAGAGUGGGAGCCCAAAAAGAAGAGGCCAGAGGCAACUGAAAAAACAAGAAAAAUGGAAACGGGAGCCCUCAGAAGAUGAACAUGAACAAGGCACCAGUGCAGAGAGUGAGCCAGAGCAAAAGAAAGUGAAAUCCAGAAGACCUAUCCCCAGAAGAACAGUGCCCAAACCUCGUGUUAAAAAGCAACCUAAGGCUCAGCGUGGAAAGAGAAAAAAGCAAGAUUCUUCUGAUGAUGAUGAUGAAGACGAUGAAGCUCCCAAAAGGCAGACUCGUCGAAGAGCAGCUAAAAAUGUUAGUUAUAAAGAAGAUGAUGACUUUGAGACAGACUCAGAUGAUCUCAUUGAAAUGACUGGAGAAGGAGUUGAUGAACAGCAGGAUAAUAGUGAAACUAUUGAAAAGGUCUUAGAUUCAAGACUGGGAAAGAAAGGAGCCACUGGAGCUUCUACUACCGUCUAUGCAGUUGAAGCUAAUGGAGACCCUAGUGUGGACUUUGAUAUUGCAAAAGAUGAGGGUGAAAUCCAGUACCUCAUCAAAUGGAAGGGUUGGUCUUACAUUCACAGCACAUGGGAAAGUGAAGAAUCCUUACAGCAACAGAAAGUGAAGGGCCUAAAAAAACUGGAGAAUUUCAAGAAGAAAGAGGAUGAAAUCAAACAAUGGUUAGGGAAAGUUUCUCCUGAGGAUGUGGAAUAUUUCAACUGCCAACAGGAGCUGGCCUCGGAGUUGAAUAAACAGUAUCAGAUAGUAGAAAGAGUAAUAGCUGUAAAGACAAGCAAAUCUACAUUGGGUCAAACAGAUUUUCCAGCUCACAGUCGGAAGCCAGCACCUUCAAAUGAACCUGAAUAUCUUUGCAAAUGGAUGGGACUGCCCUAUUCAGAGUGUAGCUGGGAAGAUGAAGCCCUUAUUGGGAAGAAAUUCCAGAACUGCAUCGAUAGUUUCCAUAAUAGGAACAACUCAAAAACCAUCCCUACGAGAGAAUGCAAGGCCCUGAAGCAGAGACCGCGAUUUGUUGCUUUAAAGAAACAGCCAACGUAUUUAGGAGGGGAGAAUCUGGAGCUCCGAGAUUAUCAGCUAGAAGGUCUCAACUGGCUUGCUCAUUCCUGGUGCAAAAAUAACAGUGUAAUCCUUGCUGAUGAAAUGGGCCUUGGAAAGACCAUCCAGACCAUAUCAUUCCUCUCCUACCUGUUCCACCAACACCAGCUGUAUGGCCCCUUUCUUAUAGUCGUCCCUUUAUCCACCCUCACCUCAUGGCAGAGGGAGUUUGAAAUCUGGGCACCAGAGAUUAACGUAGUGGUUUACAUAGGUGACCUGAUGAGCAGAAAUACGAUCCGGGAGUAUGAAUGGAUUCAUUCCCAAACCAAAAGGCUGAAGUUCAAUGCACUUAUAACAACAUAUGAGAUCCUCUUAAAAGAUAAGACUGUGCUGGGCAGUAUUAACUGGGCCUUUCUGGGAGUGGAUGAAGCCCAUCGGUUGAAGAAUGAUGACUCUUUAUUGUAUAAAACUCUGAUUGAUUUCAAGUCCAACCAUAGGCUCCUGAUUACGGGGACCCCUCUUCAGAAUUCCCUCAAAGAGCUCUGGUCCUUGCUGCACUUUAUUAUGCCGGAGAAGUUUGAGUUCUGGGAAGAUUUUGAAGAAGACCAUGGCAAAGGGAGAGAGAAUGGCUACCAGAGUCUUCAUAAGGUGCUAGAGCCUUUCCUUCUCCGGAGAGUCAAGAAGGAUGUGGAGAAAUCCCUUCCUGCCAAAGUGGAACAGAUUCUCAGGGUAGAGAUGUCGGCCCUUCAGAAACAGUAUUAUAAGUGGAUUCUGACCAGGAAUUACAAGGCUCUUGCCAAAGGUACAAGAGGCAGCACAUCUGGUUUUCUUAAUAUUGUAAUGGAACUGAAAAAAUGCUGCAACCACUGCUAUCUAAUUAAACCCCCUGAAGAAAAUGAAAGGGAAAAUGGACAGGAGAUCCUUCUGUCCCUGAUCAGGAGCAGUGGGAAGCUGAUUCUAUUAGACAAACUGUUGACAAGACUUCGAGAAAGGGGAAACAGAGUCCUUAUCUUCUCUCAAAUGGUGAGAAUGUUGGAUAUUCUGGCCGAGUACCUGACUAUUAAACACUAUCCUUUCCAGCGUCUGGAUGGUUCCAUCAAGGGAGAAAUCCGAAAACAGGCACUGGACCACUUUAAUGCUGAUGGGUCUGAGGACUUCUGUUUCCUGCUUUCGACAAGGGCUGGUGGCCUGGGAAUCAAUUUGGCUUCAGCGGACACAGUGGUCAUCUUUGACUCUGACUGGAACCCCCAGAACGACUUGCAGGCACAAGCCCGAGCCCACAGAAUUGGUCAGAAGAAGCAGGUCAAUAUCUACCGCUUAGUUACAAAGGGGACCGUGGAGGAGGAGAUCAUCGAACGGGCUAAAAAGAAGAUGGUAUUGGACCAUCUUGUGAUUCAGCGCAUGGACACCACUGGCCGAACAGUCCUGGAAAACAACUCAGGAAGGUCCAACUCAAAUCCAUUUAAUAAAGAAGAGCUAACAGCUAUUCUGAAGUUUGGAGCAGAGGACCUCUUCAAAGAGCUUGAAGGGGAGGAGUCAGAGCCUCAGGAAAUGGAUAUAGAUGAAAUUUUACGCUUGGCUGAAACCAGAGAGAAUGAAGUGUCAACAAGUGCAACAGAUGAGCUUCUGUCACAGUUUAAGGUUGCUAACUUUGCAACAAUGGAAGAUGAAGAAGAGCUAGAAGAGCGUCCUCACAAGGAUUGGGAUGAGAUCAUUCCAGAGGAGCAAAGGAAAAAGGUAGAGGAGGAGGAGCGACAAAAAGAGCUAGAAGAAAUAUACAUGCUCCCUCGAAUUCGGAGUUCCACCAAAAAGGCUCAGACAAACGACAGUGACUCUGACACUGAGUCUAAGAGGCAGGCCCAGAGGUCUUCUGCUUCUGAGAGUGAGACAGAUGACUCUGAUGAUGACAAGAAGCCAAAGCGCAGAGGGCGCCCCAGAAGCGUGCGGAAGGACCUUGUGGAGGGAUUUACUGAUGCCGAAAUCCGAAGGUUCAUCAAGGCUUACAAGAAGUUUGGUCUCCCUCUUGAACGGCUGGAAUGCAUAGCACGUGAUGCUGAGCUGGUAGAUAAGUCUGUGGCAGAUCUGAAACGCCUGGGUGAACUGAUUCACAACAGCUGUGUGUCAGCAAUGCAGGAAUAUGAGGAACAGCUGAAAGAAAAUGCCAGCGAGGGGAAAGGUCCAGGGAAAAGGAGAGGUCCUACUAUCAAGAUAUCUGGAGUUCAGGUUAAUGUGAAAUCCAUUAUCCAACAUGAAGAAGAGUUUGAGAUGCUACAUAAAUCUAUACCUGUGGACCCAGAAGAAAAAAAAAAAUACUGCUUAACCUGUCGUGUCAAAGCUGCACAUUUUGAUGUAGAGUGGGGAGUGGAGGAUGAUUCUCGCCUGUUGCUGGGAAUUUAUGAACAUGGCUAUGGAAACUGGGAGUUAAUCAAAACAGAUCCAGAGCUUAAAUUAACUGACAAAAUUCUGCCUGUGGAGACGGAUAAAAAACCUCAGGGGAAGCAGUUACAGACCCGAGUGGACUACUUGCUGAAGUUGCUCAGGAAGGGCCUGGAGAAGAAGGGGGCUGUCACAAGUGGGGAAGAGGCCAAAUUAAAGAAGCGGAAGCCUCGAGUAAAGAAGGAAAACAAAGUACCCAGGCUGAAAGAUGAGCAUGGAAUUGAGUUUUCAUCUCCCAGACAUUCAGACAAUCCAUCAGAAGAGGGAGAAGUAAAGGAUGAUGGCUUAGAAAAAAGUCCAAUGAAGAAAAAACAGAAGAAGAAAGAGAACAAGGAGAACAAGGAGAAACAAUUGAGUUCUAGGAAAGACAAAGAAGGGGACAAGGAAAGGAAGAAAUCAAAAGAUAAGAAAGAGAAGGCUAAAGGUGGUGAUGCCAAAUCUUCAAGUAAAUCAAAGCGAUCUCAGGGUCCUGUCCAUAUUACAGCAGGAAGUGAACCUGUCCCUAUUGGAGAAGAUGAGGAUGAUGAUCUGGACCAGGAGACAUUCAGCAUAUGUAAGGAGAGGAUGAGGCCCGUGAAAAAGGCACUGAAACAGCUAGACAAACCUGACAAGGGACUAAAUGUGCAAGAACAACUGGAACACACCCGAAACUGCCUGCUGAAAAUUGGAGACCGGAUAGCCGAGUGCCUUAAAGCCUACUCAGACCAGGAGCACAUCAAACUGUGGCGGAGGAACCUGUGGAUUUUUGUUUCCAAGUUUACAGAAUUUGAUGCUCGAAAACUACAUAAGUUAUACAAGAUGGCUCAUAAGAAAAGAUCUCAAGAAGAGGAGGAGCAAAAGAAGAAAGAAGACAUGAUUGGUGGUAAGAAACUAUUUCGACCAGAGGCCUCAGGCUCAAGCCGGGAUUCUCUGAUGUCUCAGUCCCAUACCUCACACAACCUUCACCCUCAGAAGCCUCAUUUGCCUGCCUCCCAUGGCCCACAGAUGCAUGGACACCCAAGAGAUAACUACAGUCACCCCAAUAAGAGACACUUCAGUAAUGCAGAUCGAGGAGAUUGGCAAAGGGAAAGGAAGUUCAACUAUGGUGGUGGCAACAACAAUCCACCGUGGGGCAGUGACAGACACCAUCAGUAUGAGCAGCACUGGUACAAGGACCACCAUUAUGGAGACCGUCGACACAUGGAUGCCCACCGUUCUGGAAGCUACCGACCCAACAACCUGUCCAGAAAGAGACCUUAUGACCAGUACAGCAGUGAUCGAGACCACCGGGGACACAGAGAUUACUAUGACAGGCACCAUCAUGACUCCAAGCGGAGGAGAUCUGAUGAAUUCAGGCCUCAAAAUUACCACCAGCAGGAUUUCCGCAGAAUGUCUGAUCACCGCCCCCCCAUGGGCUACCACGGGCAGGGACCCUCAGACCAUUACCGCUCUUUCCACACAGACAAAUUGGGGGAAUAUAAGCAGCCCCUGCCCCCCUUACACCCGGCAGUCUCAGAUCCUCGUUCACCCCCUUCUCAGAAAUCUCCUCAUGAUUCCAAGUCACCCCUGGAUCAUAGGUCUCCUUUGGAGAGAUCACUAGAACAGAAAAACAACCCAGAUUAUAACUGGAAUGUUCGGAAAACAUAAAGGACAGCUCAGAAAGAGGAGAACAAGAGUCACCAAACACAUGGAUAUUUUUGGUCUGAUCCAGCAGUAGCCAGUUAUCUAGACCAGUGAGUAGAGCUUCUGGACGUGCCGCUGCUGUCAGCUCACUGGCUGGAGGAGCACUUCAUGGAGUGGGAGGCCUUUCGUUGGGUCCAGCUUUCGUUUGGGUCACCACUCCUGCACUUUGGCACCUCAUCCCAUUCCAGCCUAGUUCCGGCCUCCCACUUUGAUGAGCCAUUAGGAGGAAAGGUGACUCUUUGUGUACCAGCUUCACUGGGCUGUGUUUCUCCAGUGAAGAAAUAGGGGAUCUUCAGAGUCAUGAAUGUUUCAUUGCCAGGGCCAGUGUUCCCUGGACCUCAGUGUGGUGGUCAGGGGAAGGAAUUUGUGCCUCAAGGCUGCCGGGACCUGGUGGUACAAUGUGUGACUUGGGUCACUCUGACAUGGUAGAUGCUGCUGAUGAGGAGUAGGGACGAGUGGGUGGGACCUCGCAUCAGAAGGCUUGAAGGGGAACAAGUAUUAUCCCAAAAUGUGUUUUGGGGAGAAAUGAUACAGUCAGCCUCAUCCCUUCAGGUAGAGGUUUGGGUGGGAGAAAAGAGAGAAACAACUUCCACAGUGGCUUCUCUACCAACACUAAUUUUUCCCCACACUGUCUUUGUACAUUUCAAAGGUUUUGUCUCCUGAGUGGGCCUCAUUUUCCCCCGUGCCAGGGAAAGUAGGGUCCCUCUGGCUGAUUUUGGAGUACUGUGAGUUAGGCAGCAUUGACGCCAGCAUGAGUCUUACUUGAUUAGGGGGUGGGCUGAGUGAGGGACAGGGUGGGGAUAAGGUGGGGAUGAGGGAUGUAGUAUGGCCAGGGAACUGGAAUCCCUGGUGGAUUUCUGAUUCCUGUGGGGAGAAAGAAACGAGGUCCAGGGAUGGGGAAGCAGAGGCAGGCCUGCUGACCAGCUUGUUGCUGGCAAGCACAGAGUUAGGGGUGCUGGUGCAGGUAGUGAACAGGUGUUACAGUGUGGGCUGUAGUGCCAGCAAGUGGGGGAAGUUUUCAGUAUUGGGGGAGGUCAGCAUGUCCUGCAUUUUAGUUCCCUUUGCACAGCUUGAAGUAGGUUAUACAGAACCACGUUAUCUCCUGACAUUCAUGUGGUAGGCAGAGGAAAACAAGUUACCUGUGGUGAAGAAAUUUCUAUUGCUAGUUGGAAAUCACUAGAAUUGAACUCCAUUUCUUUUAGAAUAAGAUCAAGGAUAAACCUAAGUUAAUUUUUUUCUGAAAUAGGAAACAUUCAAGGACACAGUGACUGAGCUGUGCCUAGUAAGAGCCAUAUUAAAAUUGAAUUGAGUCCGGACUAGGAAGCAAGUUGGUUGCAUCACUUAAGUAGGUUUCUUUCAAUUUACUGAUGCAGGGGCCUUCAGUUUUAUCCAUUUUCAGUAUAGCUUGCCAGUAUUGUCCGAGUAUCCAAAAGCUUUUCUGGAUGGAGACAUAAUAACUGACUCGAACUGCAGUGUGCUCGUGAGUGUCCAGGCUCUCAGAGUUGGCGAAAACCCUUGUAUUUGGCACAUGCAGGGUUAAAUUCCCUGCACUAACUUAGACUUCAUAAAACUAUUAUCAUGCACUUGCUGGUGCCCUGGGUAGCACCAUAAUGCCUUUACCGAGACAUGCUGAGCUGUAUCCCCCAAGUGAAGCAGAUGGGGCCUUGGUGGGCUGGUGCUUUUGGGUACAUAGAGCAUCGGGGGACUGGCCUGAUCUGAGUCAGAUGAGAGUCUCAGUCCUUAAAAUUUGUGUUGGCAGCUCAGCGGACCCACCGCUUUUGUAUUUAAUUCCUCAUGGUACUGUGGGUUGUAUACCCUGGACUUGUUCCAUGCAUGCCUGGGGCAAAGCCCCAGUGACUGUGUGGGGGCCACAGUCCUCCCAUGGAGGGCCUGCUGCUGCUCAGUGGAGAAAGAAGGAAAUUAUAUCUCCACUUAGGCCACAUUGUGAUGAGGAACCCACAGAUGCAACUUCUUGCUGAUAACAUUGACACUACCCUGUGUUUAUCUUGCCCAAGCCAAAGAGGAACGUUAGGUUGGCUUGCCAAGCCCUUGAGUGAUGGGAGUUGGAGUGGGAAGGGCUGAGCCCCCACGGGCAAUUUGAGUGUGUCCUCCAGGAGUGAGAAGGACAUAGGAGUCUCUGGAGGCCCCGCAUUUCCAUACUCAACCAGGCUGCUUCCAAGUUGUUGAUAGGAGAUGUGAAUUCCCAAAGAUGUCUCAUCAUGAGAAAAAAGGAACCUUUUGUUCAUUCAGGUCUUUUAGUGCCAUAUGAAGUAGCAAAAGGCAAUAUUAGCCAGAUCAGUGUUACAUUGAUUCUAAAAUUACAGUAUCCCCGUUAAACGUCUAUUUCAGGUGUGAAAUAACCUUUGAAGAGGACAUUGGGAAAAAGGCAUUUCCUCUUUGUUUUAAAUCAGUAUGAAUAUUGUACGCAUAAAUCAAAAACAAAUUUGCACAGCUAGAAAUUCUGUCACUUGUGAAUGGGAGAAGCUGCCCCAGGAAUCUGUGAGGAUGGUAUUCUAUGGAGCCUGGCUUUGAAAGACUUCAUUAUUUAGAAAUAGCAGGAGUUUAGGAAGGGGGAGAGUUAGCAUCCCCUAAAACCUGCACAUGGACAAGGAUUGGUGCUUUGGCCCUAGGAAAGGUGAGGUGAAUCCCUGGGCUCAUCACUGCAGUCUGUCAGCGCCGGGCUGGCGUGGACAGAUGGGGGCCUCACAGAGCCCUCAGCCAGUUCUCCCUGAGUCAUUCCUUAUUCCCUUUGAAGGAACCCGAGCACUUCUCACACCGUGCUGCGGACAUCCCAGCCUGAUUGUGUCUGAGAGUUGCAUCAGGCCUCGCAGUGUAAACAUGAUUCAUUUAUGAGUUCACACAAUGACACUGAAAUACUACAGACCAAAAUCCACUUGUCAGCAGGAGCGGUGGGCCAGGCUCAGUGCCCAUGGUCUUCGGGCUCCUUCGAGGGCUGCCACACUGGGCCAAGGGGGGCCAUGCCAAGGGUCCAGGCUGCUUUAGUCCAUCUGCACCCCACUUGUUUGGGGAUAGAUGGUUUUUCUUUAUUGUAAAAUUGUGGACUUUUAAAACCUGUUGACUAAACGGUAAUUAAUUUAUAUUUGUGAAAAAUGCCACUGUCCUAGUGAUUUCUGAUGUAAAUAAUGUUGUUUAUAUAGUAUGUAUUAAAUUUUCCUACAUUGUAAAACUGCUGUACUUUUGAUUCUUGUAUAUUAAAAAGUGUUACUGAGGAUUUUUA